UAUAUUUAGCGUUUUAUUUCAUAUCUAGGCUUAUAGUUUAUCUGUAUUAUGUAAUUCAUCUAUUAUAAUAUUACUUAUGAUUAUAUACAGAGCUUGUUCUAUAACAAUUAGUAUGAAAACGAUAAAUGACAUAUUACAGAUCACCAAAUACUUUUGGGAAGCGUGUAAUACGAGUUUAGAUGCUAUUCAGGCCAGUUGGAAAAAAGAAAUUCACUACGACGAAUAUCUUGAUAUCAUUGCUACCAAGAAACCAGCUGUGUUCUCCAUCCCUGAGUAAUCAUUGAUUCAGUUCUAUUAAUUAAUAGAGUGUACAUUUUAUAUUGAUAAAAAAAAUAAAAACAUUAUGAUUUAAAAAAAUAAGUAGACUGUGUUGUAAAAGAAUCCCAGAGCAUAAACCAGGAGGUAUUGUAUUUUUACUUGCAUUCUAGGUAAUACAUGUUUUUUUUAAAAAAAAAA